UUUAUCUUCUGUAUUUUUUUUAAUGAAAAAGUAACUAAAAUCAUGAAACUAGUGUGCGAAACAUGCUUGGUGAAACGUUCAGCCCCACCGGUGAAGCGGCCAUUCCAACGUUCAAUCCUGGCGAUUGGACGUAACCGGGAGAAGAAAACUGAUGAAACGGUCAUCAUGCUGAUCACCAACGCCAACAAAAGUGGAACACAAUAUGCAAUCAAGAACAACAUAGGCAAAGUUUUUACUCGAUUCUUAUCGGAUGGAAAGGCAACAAUUUCGUUCAAAAUUCCUGACCAGGAUAUGCAAAUCAAAUGUGAUACUGUUCAGCUAAGUGGAUUUCUGAAGGUCUUGAAAUCGGUUGUAAGUGGAGAAGCAAUACCAAAUGAAAAUUCAAAUCCACCAAAAUUAUCAUGUUUGACUAUGGCCAAUCGGAAGACGUCGGUUCUUUCGUCCACGUCCAAAUCACUGUCUACUAGAUGUGUCGUGAAGAGUCGUGGUGAUUACCCUAUAAAAGGUUUCUCAAGAAAUUUGGUCAGUUUGCAAAUUUCAGAAAUCAAGUUGACACGAUUCGAUCCUCAAAUAUUGUUGCUGAAAAAUUUGAGGUCUUUGAACUUGUCGGACAACUGUCUGGAUAUGAUACCAAAAGCGUUAGGCCAGUUGCGAAUAGCUGAGCUCAAUCUAUCAGGCAAUUCUCUGCAAAAGGACCGCUGGGAAUGGCUUCAGGAACACACUAUACAGUCUAGCCUACAAAAUUUGAAUAUUGGCUCCAAUAAUUUGGCUCAAUUUCCAAUUAAUAUAAUCUACCUUAGAAUGCUUGUUAAUUUGAACAUGCAAGCUAAUCACAUUCAAAAGCUUCCCUUUGCAAUUUGGAAAAUGACCCGACUAAGAUUUAUGAAUCUUUCGGGCAAUCAGUUGGGUUCCAUUCCCGAAUCGAUGGUACGAAUGAAACUGGAUCAAGUAGAUCUUUCGGAAAACCAACUAGCGCAGAACCAAGUAACAGUGCCAGAUUUACGUUUGCAACAGUCGGAUAUACGUCAAACACCUGCAUUGUGGGAAUUGGCGGCACGCGUGGUUGUCGCUCGUAAAAUUCACUAUUCAAUUGGGAUGAUCCCGUUUUUGCUGGUGGAACUAAUGCACAGGACUCCAAUCUGCGCCUGUGGGUUGCUCUGCUUUACGUCGCGAAUACACGAACGGGCCAAAGUUAUACGGCUUAAUUGCCAGCAUACCAUCAUUAACAGUAAUCACGCUAUUUACGCCGAUAGUGUUUUCUGCAGCCAGCGAUGCAGUUCACGCAUCUAAGUUUCUUCCGUGAGACUGACUUUUUAAGUGAUAAUUUAGAUGAUUGUAUUUAUAAAAUAUACGUUGUAACAUUGUUUCAAGUUUUUUUUAUUACUGAAUCCUGUCAUCUAUAUAUGAAUAAAAGUUAAUGUGUUUAUUUUGUCAUCACUGACUUUAAUGUUUCUAAAGAUUUCACCACAAGUGCAUGCGCUGAUUCGAAAUUGGCCAGAGUUUCAGUCAAUUCUUUUAAUCUGGCGUCUUUCUCCACAAGGUCGUGAAUCAAAUCGAGCUUACUUUUACCUGCAUACUCGGAGUGAAGCCUCUCGAUGUCUUGUCGUUCUUGCAUUUCCUCCAGCGAUAAGAAUUCUACGUCAUCGGUUUGGCACGAUUGGUCUUGAAGAAUCAAUUUAUCAUCUGGAGCUUCUAUCUGUAUUUCCGACACGGAAUCGGUUCUUAACCUCUUUUGAAUUAUUUCUUCAGGCUCAGUAUCAUUGCACCUGAUUACUUCUAAAAUUUCCAUUUCUUCCGAAUCCUCUUCAAAGUAGUAAAUUUCAUCCUCACAUCGUAUAAUAUCGUCAUCUAGAGCACUAACAGGCUCUAUUUCUAUUUGACUACAAUGAGGCCUACAUUCUGGAACUGACAGAACUACGGGGAAAAGCUCAGGCUCAACGUUUUUCGGUGGAUUUAUCUGAUUAGCAAAGUU